AUGAUAAAAACUAUAAUACUGUUGUUAUAUAUUGUUAGUAGACAUAAAGUCAAUAAAAUGAUGAAAUCUUAGUCUAUAUGUAUGUGUUUGCUUAAGAAUGGCCAGGAUCUAUAUGUAAAUUUCAGAAGUGUACAAAAACAUACGUGGGAAAUUAUGAUAAUGCUAGAUGGAAUACACAUGGAUUAUGGCCUAAUGCAAUGUUAGAAACUACUUGUUGGAUGA